GGUCAUGGCAGCUGUUCUACCUUUUCUACCCUGUUCACAUCCUGGCCACUUUGAAAAUGUCCCUGUUCGACAGGACGCCCAAAUUCUAGCGAGAAUUGCUGCGAGAGUUCAGGCGACCACUCACAGCCACAAAUAACGAAAAACCGCACCAAUAGACAAAAGAUUAGGAUAUGCUGUGCUAUUUGGAGGACUUGACCUUCAAACCAUGGGGAAAGCGAUGGGAGGACGGACAUAUAAGGACGUCUCUACCCCCCUCGGUUGUUGUUUGAAGGUAAACUCAUCCUCUAACUACACACGAUCUUCCUGACUCAUCUUUGAAGUAUGGAUAGCAAGUCGACCAGCUAUGUCAAUGAUAAACUCGCCGUGCCCGCGCCAUCGCUGGGUGCCGACACAGUGGGGAUCGACGACGAACUGCUCCUGAGAAUGAUGGAGCAUAUCCCCGACUUUCGCGCAACCGUGCAAAAGGCUCAGCAUGCAACGCAGUUCGAACACAACCUUACCAACUGGGAGGCUAUCAAGCUGUAUCCCAAGGCUGUCUGCUUCUCCUUUAUCCUCUCGCUUGCGCUCGUCAUGGAGGGGUACGAUACCUCCUUGUUAGGGUCGUUUUACGCAUACCCAGCCUUUGCAGAGCGUUUCGGCGUACUGGCGUCCGACGGCACCUAUCAAGUGACCUCUAAGUGGCAGUCAGGCUUGCAAAAUGGUACGCAAGUUGGCCAAAUUCUGGGAUUGAUGGUGGCAGGAAUGAUAGCCGACCGGGUGGGCUACAAGAAGACAAUGCUGGGGGCAUUGAUCCUGUUGGUUGGCUGCAUCUUUGUGCUGUUUUUUGCCCAGAACAUUGGCAUGUUGUUUGCUGGGGAGGUGCUCUGUGGUCUGCCGUGGGGGGCUUUCCAGACGCUGACAACCACAUACGCUGCGGAGGUCAGUCCAGUGGUGCUACGGCCCUACCUGACAACCUAUGUCAAUCUAUGCUGGGUCACUGGCCAGAUGAUUGCAACAGGUGUUUUACGUGGUCUGCUCAGUGUCUCUGGUGAGUGGGCAUGGCGGAUUCCUUACGCCAUUCAAUGGGUUUGGCCUGUCCCAAUCAUAAUCGGGGUUCUUUUCGCACCGGAGUCUCCCUGGUGGCUUGUCAGAGAAGGACGACACGAUGAGGCUCGCAAGUCGCUCAAACGCCUCACUACCGCUCAUUAUCCCGACUUUGACCUUGAGGACACCGUUGCGAUGAUGGUUGUCACGGACGUACAAGAACGGCUCUCACGGCAAGGUGUCUCGUACUGGGACUGUUUUCGGGGAGUCAACCGUCGUCGAACCGAGAUCGUCUGCUGCGUGUGGAUGAUCCAAGUUUUCUGCGGUGUCUGGUACGGCGGAAACAUUGUUUAUUUCCUGCAACAAACCGGGUUCACCUCUGUCCAGUCCUUUGACUUUGGCCUCGGUACAAAUGCCAUCGGCUGGAUGGGCACCGUUUGCUCCUGGUUCGUGAUGCAAUAUUUUGGUCGCCGGACCCUCUACAUCACCGGCCUGGCAGUCAUGUUCUCCGCUUUGAUGAUCAUCGGCUUCAUGGGCAUUCCGUCCUCGAGCUCUGCAGGCAUCAGCUAUGCCUCUGCUGCGAUGAUGAUAAUUUUUGUCUUCACGUACGACAUCACGGUCGGACCUGUCUGUUACUGCCUUAUUUCCGAGAUUCCAUCAACCCGGCUGCGCAUCAAAAGCGCUAUCCUCGCCCGGAACUGCUACAACAUCGCCACCAUCAUCGCUAACUUCCUCAACCCACCGAUUCUGAACCCGACCGCAUGGAAUCUCAAGGGCAAGGGCGGGUUCAUCUGGGCGCCUUUCUGUUUGGCUUGUUUGAUCUGGUGCAUCUUUCGACUUCCUGAACCCAAGGGCCGCACUCCCCCGGAACUUGAUGUCCUCUUUGAACAAAGCGUGAGUGCAAGGAAGUUCUCAAAGAUGCACGUCGAUCCAUUCCGCUCAAACAAUUUCAUCAUCGCCUCGGGUUCCGCGGAGGAGCGUUAGUCUAGCAUUGGUUCCUGUUUGCAUAGCAACGGGAGAGCAGCAACAGCUAGUAGUAGUUAUCAUAUUGUAUGGAGAUGAUUCCCAAUUUAUAUGGC